UGGCGCUAGUGCAGGAGCCAGAACCGAAAUCGAGAAAGUCAGUCAGUUGGUCUCGCGCCUUACGCGUGUGCUUAUCAGGUUAAGUGUUUGUAAGAAGUGUCGGGACAUUGUGUUUUACUAUCACAUUCGUUGUCAAAACGAUUGUCAGCAUUUAUUGUGACAAGAACAUCUUUUCUGUUCAAUUCUAGUAUUCUACGAUUGCAACUUGCAUCUCAGUGGAGCAACGCCGGUUCAGGAUGAUGCCGGAAACGUAAAGGACGCUUCAAAGCGUCUAUGAUAGGAUGUUGCAGAAAUGGUGACGACUUUCAACGUUGAACAACUGGGCGUCGUUCGUCCUGUGGGAGACAGAGAGCAGAAAUAAGGAUGGCCUUUCAUUGGGAUAAGCUCUCACCAGCGGAAUUUCAACAACUCCAGGAUUUAGCAGCUUAUUCCACGCGAAAGCUACAGGAUGUCCUCACUGAAUUUUGCGGAUCAAACACAACACCCAGCGGUGCACCCAAAUAUCAUCCAGAUGGUGUAAGUUUGAACCAAAAUUAUCCACAAACUAAGGACAUUGAUUAUGAAGGAUUUCGUAAAUUUCUGGACACCUAUCUCGAAGUGACAACCCCUGACGAACUUUCACGACAUCUUUUUUUGUCGUUCGUUAAAAAAGUGCCACGAGGAGUCGAUGGGAAAGCUUUUAAGGAAUCUUUGCAUCAGGAAAUGGCCGUGCUUUCGUCGACGACCGCUUGUGCCGCCAUUACGUCUCACACAACGUCCAGCAGCAAUGUGAACAGCACAGGUCUACCUGGUGGGACAUCGUCGGAGGGUGGACACGGUUCCUCUUUGGCUGACAAAAUUCACGGUCUCACAGAGAAAUUGCAGGCGUUGGGGCAUCAUAGAACGGACAGUGAAAUCUCCACCAGAGCACGCACAGGAAGCGUUCAUCCCAUAUUGACGAUACAACAGCACACGUCGUACAGUUGCCAUGACGUGAUAGAGAAAAAAAGCACGGACAGCAGCCCGAGCCAUAGCCAAAUGUCGCGGAAUUCGUCCAGGAAGUCGAACAAUUCGCUCCUCAUCAACAACGGGAAAUUAGAAGAAAUGAGACAUCUCGUUAGAAAGCAAAGCACGAUAGACGUCCACUCGAUUAAAGUCAGUCUUAAGGAUAUCGUGUGCUAUCUUUCUCUUCUGGAGGCUGGCAGACCAGAAGAUAAAUUGGAGUUCAUGUUUCGGCUAUAUGAUACAGAUGGAAAUGGAGUUCUUGAUACCAAUGAAAUGGACUGCAUUGUCAAUCAGAUGAUGAAUGUCGCCGAAUAUCUCGGAUGGGAUGUCACGGAAUUGAAACCGAUACUGCAAGACAUGAUGAUAGAAAUAGAUUAUGAUGCGGAUGGUACAGUGUCUUUAGAAGAGUGGAAAAGAGGUGGUCUUACAACGAUACCUUUACUGGUUCUUUUGGGCUUGGAUUCUCAUGUAAAGGAAGAUGGUAAUCAUCUCUGGAGGCUAAAACACUUUAGCAAACCCGCCUAUUGUAAUCUCUGUCUAAAUAUGUUAGUUGGUCUCGGGAAGAAGGGUCUUUGCUGUGUUUUCUGUAAAUACACAGUCCAUGAAAGAUGUGUUCAAAGGGCGCCAGCUUCUUGUAUUGCCACCUACGUUAAAAGUAAAAAAACAUCCCAGACAAUGGCGCAUCAUUGGGUCGAAGGAAAUUGUCACGGAAAAUGUUUCAAAUGUAAAAAAACUAUCAAAAGUUAUAAUGGAAUCACGGGUUUACACUGUAGAUGGUGUCAAAUAACAUUACAUAACAGAUGUGUCUCGCAAAUAAGAGCGGAAUGUACACUUGGUGAAUAUGCAGUUCAUAUCCUCCCCCCUACAGCGAUUUGUCCAGUUGUUCUGGACAGGCAAAGAUCGUUAUCAAGAGAUAGUAAAAGAGGAAGUAAACAUGGACAAGAUUCAUCAACUGUUAGCACACAAAGUGGGUUCCUAACAUCUGGAACAGCUACUAAUCAACAACCAGCAAUGUCUUUCCAAAUUACACCACCAUCAGGAAUCGUGCCACUUUUAGUGUUUAUAAAUCCAAAAUCUGGAGGAAGGCAAGGCGAACGUAUGUUAAGGAAGUUCCAAUACAUUUUGAAUCCGCGCCAAGUUCAUAAUUUGGCCAUGGGUGGACCUAUGCAAGGUUUACAAAUGUUCAAAGACGUAGAAAACUUUAAGGUGAUCUGCUGCGGCGGUGAUGGUACCGUUGGCUGGGUCUUAGAAACAAUGGAUCGUGUUCAAUUCGAACAUCAACCCGCUGUAGGUGUUAUACCAUUGGGUACAGGCAAUGAUCUUGCAAGAUGUUUACGAUGGGGUGGUGGUUAUGAAGGAGAAGCUAUUCAUAAAGUUCUUAAAAAAAUAGAGAAAGCAACGCCUGUAAUGAUGGAUCGCUGGCAAAUAGAAGUGCUUGAUCAAAAAGAUGAGAAAAAACCAAAUCAAGAUAGUAUACCGUAUAAUAUCAUUAAUAAUUAUUUCUCGGUGGGUGUGGACGCAGCGAUCUGUGUGAAAUUUCAUAUGGAAAGGGAAAAAAAUCCCGAAAAAUUCAAUAGUAGAAUGAAAAAUAAACUUUGGUACUUUGAAUACGCAACCACGGAACAAUUUGCUGCCAGCUGUAAAAAUCUUCACGAAGACCUCGAAAUCAUUUGUGAUGGAACUCCGUUAGAUUUAGCACAUGGACCUUCUCUCCAAGGCGUCGCAUUAUUAAACAUUCCUUUUACUCAUGGAGGUUCUAAUCUCUGGGGUGAACAUCAUACAAGACAUCGUCGUCUUGGCAAACGGAAAAAACGACCAGACAAAGAACUCAGUACUAGCAGUUUUAAUUCCGUAGAUCUUACAGCCGCAAUACAAGAUAUUGGAGACAAUCUCAUAGAAGUGAUCGGUUUAGAAAACUGUUUGCACAUGGGUCAAGUGAAAACUGGACUUCGUCAUUCCGGUAGAAGAUUGGCUCAGUGUAGUAGCGUCACUAUUACUACUAGCAAACGUUUUCCAAUGCAAAUCGAUGGUGAACCAUGGAUGCAGGGUCCAUGUACUAUUCAUAUAACACAUAAGAACCAAGUACCAAUGCUAAUGGCACCACCACCAGAGAAAGGUCGAGGCUUUUUCCGAUUUUUAAAGAGGUGAACUUUGACAUUAUCAAAUAACGAAACUGAAGAAUUGAAAUCAUUAAUUCAGUUUCCAAUACGUAGCUUCAACGUCAUCCCGCCUCUUUUAUCUUAUCUUAAAUAAACAAAAAAGAAAAGGAAGUGUAUCAAUUCGAUCGUACUUAAUACAGUUUUUGUGCUCGUCCGAGCGCGUGGAACGAGCUUCGACAUAACUUAGGUAUUCUUGUAUACAGUAUUUUUGAGAAUAAUAAAGCAUCGUUCAUCUUAGAUUUAGGAUCUAGCGGUAGACUCAUGAAUUAUCGGUGCUUUGAAAAGCUCGAAAAUAAAAUUUUAAUCGUUUUAUACAUUAUAUUAAAAAGCACCGAAUGUUCUUUUUUGUUUUUCGAAUCCGUACUUUGAGUCUACCGCUUUAAAUCUACAAGUACAAGCUUGUACUAUUGCAAUCAAGCGUAUAAUAAUAUACCGACAUAACGGAUUGUACGGUAUCAUGCAAAAGAGAAAAUAAUCUCGUAGAUAAUAUUAUUUAAUCUCAUAGAUAAUAUUAUUUUUAAAUAAUAUUAUCGAUGAUUUUAAUUAAUCCCUUUUUUUUUGUACAAAGCGUAGAGAUAUUAUAAAGAUUUCAUUUCUUCAUAAAAUAAGCUAUAAUCAGAAUAGUCGAGAAUAAACAGUUCAUUUUUCUUAGACAAAUAUUUAUUACACAUGAAAAAAAUAAAAUUUAAUUUAUCAAUUAAAUAUUGAGUAUUUACGAAUAAUAUAUAUUAUUUUAUAUUCUACAUAUAUGUUUUUUGAUCUGUCUAUUCUCGACCAAUUUUACAACUGUUUACUUUUAUAAAAAGGAAAAGAAAAGAAUUUAUCGAAUGGUAUGAAACAAUUCAGAUCGCUCCUCUUUUUUGCACGACUCCGUCCAACAAUCAAAGAUCUAUCUUUCCUCUCUUAACAUUAAGAUUUUUGUACGAAAGCUUAGUCGUAACUGCUUAGAUAUAAAUCACAAUCGAUUGGUUUUAUUUAUUUAUUUAUUUAUUUAUUUAUUCCAAUAUACUAUUUAUUUAUUCGAUGGCUCUCAAGCCGGAGCAAUAUAUCGUAAGCAUAUCAACAAAUCAAACGCGACGAUAAAAUAAUAAUAAAUUUAUUUCGCAUUUAUUUUUGUUUAUAAAUCAUAUAAUCAGAUAUUAUUAAAAUUAUAAAUAUAUUUUUAAUUAGAUGCAAUAUAGAUUAUUAAUCGAUAUUAUAUUGCGCGUUAUUAUAAAUUAUGUUUUUUUAAAUUUAUUAUCUUUUUACACGUUGGCCACUUUUGAUCGAUACACGAACGUUGAUGCUUUUUUCAUUAUGCGCAUGACGAAUUAUUAAAAUAUAGAAAUGGAUCACGUAUAUUAAAUAUUAUAUUGUUAAAUAAAUAGAAGACAAGCAUAGAUAAAAUAUAUUAAUCAAAAUCAAUACAGCCAACGUGUUACAUGUAAUGAUCAGUAUUGUGGUAUAGAAUUUAUAGAAUUUUUCGUAGGAUUCUUCUUCGACUACAUCAGCAUGCUUUUCCUCAUUGUCUGUCGGACGAACGCUUCUCUAUAUUUACAAAUUUUCAUAGCCUUGUUUCUACGACUGCUCUAAGAUAUUGACAUACUAUUUAUUUUUUUAUAUAACUAUUAUUUUUAUGUAAUUAUUUUUGAGAAAAAACAAACUAAUAUAUGUCAAUAAUUACAGAAUUCUUUUUAUAAUUUUUCAAAAGUAAUUUUCCGUCCGAUAAUAAAAAUAAAUAAUAAUAGAUUUUUUUUUAUAAAUUAACUCAUAUUUUUAUUAAAAUAUCAUGUUCAUUUUCUGAGCACUCAUCACUUCAUGCACAUUCAUUUCAUGUUAUUCUAAAAUGUCAAUUUUAAGGAAGAUCGAAACAAAUCCAAUCAUAUUUCAACAAAAAAUCAUCGUAGCAAUAUUGAAUACUAUAAUAGAGCUUCGAUCGAUUUAUGAAAAUAAAGAUUAAUAAAUUUUUCAUCCAAUAUCAGAUCAAUAUCAAUGUCAUCAAAUUCACUUACACUAUUCCGUAAUCUAUAAGUAUCUAUUUUUGCUUUCGUACCAUGUUAUGCUUUUAUAUAAAAAGUAUAACGAAAAAAUAUGACACCAAGUAUAUGAAAUCCCGCAGGGACCAUCACAAACAUCGAAAAUUCAUGUAACGAUAUAAAAUGAUUAGAAUUUAUUUUGUAACAAUGAUGAUCAUUAAUCUCAUGUAAUCAAUUCAAACGACAUCAAUCUAUUGUUUCUUGAAAUUGAUUAGAUUUUAUCAUGUAAGUAGAAUAUGAAAUUUCUUCUCCAUUUCAUUUUUAUUUUCAUAUUUUUUACAUUUUAUUUAUUCAUUAUUCAUUUAAUUACAAACAAAUGCAAGAAUAUAGAUUGUUCUCAAAAUGAAUUUCUAUGAAAAGACAUUCUAAAGGCAAGCGUUUACGAGUCAAUAUUUUCAAGUAUAUAUUUUCAAGUAUAUAUUUCUUAACCGUUUUAUGUAGAGAAUUAAUAUACAAUUUAUUCGUCGCGCAAAUAAUUACUUCCUUUACAAUCGUAAUAUAC